AUGCCUGUUAUUUUAACACAAAACAUUGCUAUUGAACUGGGUCUUAUGAACGACAUUAAUGAAAUCCUUCGACAACUAGUCUAUCAGCUCGAUUCUAUGUCAACAGAUGUUCUAUCACAAGCAUUUCCAAACUACACACAAUAUGUUCAUCGGCCUUUAUAUGUAUUGAUUGAAAUUUCUCGAUCGAAAAUUGAAUGCAAUCUUGAAGAACUCCAACCAAAACUCGCCCCGAUACCAUUAAUGGAACAAACACUGUCAAAUGAAAUGGACGACAUUGCUGCAGUUUAUGUACCUUUAUCACGUGUAAAACAUUUGGCUGAUCUUAUUAUUUUACGCCAAUUCGAUUACAAGGUUUUGUUUAUCAAACCAAAUAAAUCACAAAUCCUCGAAAUAGAAGACUCGAUAAACUGUAUUUAG